UACUAUUGUUUUUUCAAGCAAGAGCGAAGUGCUGCAACAACUCAACUCUUACAGAUCUGUCCAAACACACCUUCAUGUUGUCUCCAUUUAUAUAACACGUUGUAAAAAUUACAGGAUUAUUUGUGACAAAAUGCACUCCGUCAGGGUUUCUAUUCCAUCGUUCCGUUCAGAGGAAAAUUCGACUGAUAAAGGAUACACGGUGUUCAAAAUUGAAGUGCUCAUGAAUGGCAGACAACAUACUGUGGAGAAGCGCUACAGCGAGUUUCAUGCCCUGCAUAAAAUGCUAAAGAAGAGCAUAAAACCGCCUGAGAUCCCUUCAAAGCAUGUGAGGAACUGGAUUCCCAAGGUUCUGGAACAGAGGAGACAAGGUCUAGAGUUCUAUCUACAGACUAUAAUCAUGGAGAAUGAAGUUCUCCCAAAGAUAUUCUUGGAUUUCCUCAACAUCCGCCAUUUUCCCUCUCUACCAAAAACGGAAAGUUGUGGGUCAUUUGAAACUGAAUCUGAGGAAUCAAGCAAACUUACCCAUCAACCAGCUAUGCUCUUCCUAAGAGAUCCUUACCUUCUUCCUUCCACACAUGAUACAUUUUCAAAUGUUGUCAUUGAAGGCGUAAUCCAUGGAGUUUUCUACCCCGAUCUUCAACCAAGGUAGUGAUCUGGAGAAAUAUGAAAAACUCCCAAAACAAAGGACGUUUUAAGGUGGACACACAUUUAUUAAAUAAUCAUUUGUGUGAGAAUAACAUGUUUUAUAAGAUAAUUUUGUAGUUUAUUUUCCACCAAUCAAUUCUAAAACAGUAUAUACAGGUACAACACAGAUGUUGUUUUGGAGACUGAAAAGGGAUCACUCAAAUAAUCAGUGUGUACAGUAUAUUCUCACAAGAUGUAUAGUGUAUAAUAGGGUUUGUAACCUAGAUAUAGGGACUGAGAAUUUUUUAAGGAUAACAAUCAAGCUCUUAAGCAUUAAUCCAUUUUGUCCUUUUCUAAACAUAUCACAGUGGUGAAUGUCUGUGCGUCAUAACUGAUAGUAGCUGUGAAAAAAAUAGAAGGGAAAUUGUUGAACAAAAACAUACAAGUCAUAAAAAGCUCAAAUGUUAAAGGGAUGUUGACUGUCAUAAUGGUUGAAUGGUUUUAUGCAUUCUAUUUGCUUUUUGUAGUAAAGUGUGUUUCAACUUCAUCACAGGCAGAUUGUGGUUCGUUAGUGGGUCCUUUUACUUAAAAUGGAUGCUAAAAUGUAAUCACAAAAAGUUGCACUACAAAAAGGAUUGUCAUUCGAUAAUUUUUUAUAUGGCUUUUGUUUACAUGUUGCUCUUGUCAUUAGACAUAAAUGGAUAGGCUGGAGAGGCAGUUCAGAAGACAGAAUGAGUCAUUACCUUUUGUUGUCUAACAUUUACUGUGAGAUGAGACCUGGCUGUUGUAAAGGUUAGCAAAACAUGUUUCUGUACUCACUGAUUAAAUAAUGUUUUUGUUUUUACUAAUCAACCAUUCUUUUGUACACCCUGCAACCUUCUAAAAUAAUUGAACUGUAUUUAUGUUUUUGGUCUACAGUGUUUCUUGUGCCAUAACACCUUCCCUUAAAAGACACUGUGGAGUUGUACUGUAGCACUUUAGACUGGGUACCUGAAUAUGAUAAUUAAAUACUGACAGCAAUAAAGUGAGAUAUUUCCAUA